GCAGCGGGGCCGGUGGGGCCCGGAGCGCCGGCAGGAGAGCAGCCAUGGCCAUCCUGUUUGCUGUGGUGGCAAGGGGCACCACCAUCCUGGCCAAGCAUGCCUGGUGUGGAGGGAACUUCCUGGAGGUGACCGAGCAGAUCCUGGCCAAAAUCCCAUCUGAGAACAACAAACUGACCUAUUCCCAUGGCAGUUACCUGUUCCAUUACAUCUGCCAGGACAGGAUCAUCUACCUGUGCAUCACAGAUGAUGACUUUGAGCGCUCCAGAGCCUUCACGUUCCUGAACGAGAUCAAGAAGCGUUUCCAGACCACGUACGGCUCCCGAGCCCAGACUGCCCUGCCCUAUGCCAUGAACAGCGAGUUCUCCUCUGUGCUGGCUGCUCAGCUGAAAUACCACUCGGAGAGCAAGGGCCCAGACCAGGUGGCAGAGACACAAGCCCAGAUUGAUGAACUCAAAGGGAUCAUGGUCCGGAACAUAGACCUUGUGGCACAGAGAGGAGAGAAGCUGGAGCUGCUGAUUGAUAAAACAGAGAAUCUCGUGGAUUCGUCAGUCACUUUCAAAACCACCAGCAGGAACCUUGCCCGAGCCAUGUGUAUGAAGAACCUCAAGCUCACCAUCGUCAUCAUCAUCGUGUCCAUUGUGAUCCUGUACAUCAUCCUGUCGGCCGUGUGUGGUGGGCUGGCCUGGCCCAGCUGUGUGCAGAAGUAGCUGCAGCUGGAGCUGCUCCCCAGGAGAUGAAGAAGUGAAGAAGGAACCUCCAGAGUGACUCCUGCCUGUCACCGCUGCCACCUUCACCCUCCCAUCCCUCCAGGACUUCAGACUCUUUGCCUUAUCACCCAGACAGACCCGGCUGGUUGCUGCUCCCGUGCUCUCAAGAGUGGGCUGGGUUAAUUACUUGAAAGGAUUUUUGUGUUCCCUUUGCUGUCCCAGUGCCACCCCUGCAGAGAGCUCUGUGCAUGCUGGCCCCGUGGCUUCCCCUGUGCGGGGACAGGAGUGGCUGCAGCUGUCCCACAGAGCAGGUUUGGGGUGGACAGGUGGGUUUGGGUUCCCAGAGAGCCUCUCCUGCACAUCUGGCCACAUCUGGUGGCACGGGGAGGUCACGGUGUCACCCUGGCAGGAACAAAUGGGGGGCAGGGCUUUGUGCACUCACAGGUGGAGGUGCUGCUGCUGUUCCUGCAGUGAUGCUGCAGGCAGGAGGCUGGGGGGUCACCUCAGCUGUGCAAUGGCUGCCUCCUCAUCCUCACUUCUUCCUCACACCCCCUUCCCCCCCCCCCCCCCCCAGGCUGGCUGCUGAAUGGACACAGCAGAGGGGGUGGUCACACACGGUUCAGGAUCUGCUUUCUCACAGAUGAUUUCUGCUGCUCUCCUUGGGAGGGUGGACUGCAAUUAAUUUAAUUUAUAAUUCUGGCACCGACUACGGUGAAUUUGGGGCCAGGCUGGCUUGCUGAGGUGCCAGGGAGCUGCUGCUUGUGCUUCUCCUGGAAGGUGUGCACUGGAACUGGAGGGCAGAGAAGGGUUGGAGUUGGUGCCUGGUGACUUUUUCUCCAAGGUCAGAGGGAGAAAGGCUCUGCUAGAGGAUGAACUUCCUCCUCUGGGAGGAUUUCAAACCAAACCCAAGGCUGGUAACCAAAUGCAGGCUCAGGGCUGCUGUUUCUGUGCCAGCUGCACAUCUCCAUCCCGGGGCAGGCCUGGCUGAGGAGCUGGAGCUGCCGGGGGCUGGGCAAAGGGGAAGGAAUGGAAAACACCCUUCAGGGGGUAAGGAAUCUGCUUUUGGCCCAAGGGAGUUGAGGGAUGGAAGGGGAGGCUUCUUUUGGUGCCCGAGCUGGUGCCACGAGGUCCUGGUGACAGUGGCAGGGUGGGGACGUGGCUCUGCUGCUCCUUCAGUGUGGCACUGACCAUGGAGCUCCCAGCAGGACUCAGCUCCAGGGGGAGAGUCUCCAGUAGCUCCUUUGGAUUUGUCUUCUGCUGGGCUGAGGUUUCACCAAGGGUGAUUGGUAGCCACAAAGUGCCAGUGGCCACUGGCACCUGCUUCUCUUUGUGUUGUGAAUGUAAAGCUUGGAGCCCCCUCCCUGCAGCUCCUGCAGCCCCAGGUGCAGCCGUGCAUGUUUUAGGGAUAGUGCUGUUACCAUGUUCAUUUGGAUCAUUUCUUGUCUUAUGUACAAAUAAUUUUUAAAGAAAUUCCUUUUCCUUCUCGAGGAUGCACUGAGGCAUUAGUGUAAAAAAAACCAUGACCUUGAUUUCAAUAAAAUUCCUGUACAGAAAGCAGAGUUGUGUGGAAAGCCUACCUUGGGAGUGCUCUGUGCUGGUACAGGGGAAGGUUCUGGAAGCAGGCUCACGCUUGGGGAUGAGGGAAUUGGAUUUCCUCUUGGACUUGGAAACUCUUGGGAGUUGUUGAUUGUUAUCUCAGUUGGAGGCAAAGCUGCAUUUUCCUGGUAUCAACCAUGGAGAAUAUUGGGAGCUGAAGGGAGCUUAGAAAAAUGAAAGGAUAAAAUAAAGUGAACAGCUCCCACGUGUGCUGUGCUCCCUCUCUCCCAAGUGCCUGGCAGCAGCAGGUUUGUAUGGAAAUGCCUGGGAAUGCCAGCAGCAUCCAACCUCAGCACCUUCCUGCUGCUCUGCUCAGCCUGGAACUGCAGCCAGCUCUGGCAGGCUGGAAAAAAUGGGAACAAUCCCCCCUGCCUGAGAGACUUGAACUGGGAUGUAGCCUUCAAGCAGUUAACAUCUGACUCUGAGGAAGUUUCUGCUCUUCACCUCCUGUUAAAUGCCCAUGGAAGAGCAGCAGUUUGACUUGGGGGGGGCAGAGCCUGGGAAAUCUCCUUUGGAACACAGAGCACAGGAAAGGCAACAGGAGAAAAAUCAGAUGUUGCUGCUCUCUUACCUUUCAGUUCUCUGGGAAGAUCAGUGUGAGCAGGACAUGUCUCAGAAAACAAUGUACAUGGGGUGAAAAACUCCACAGGGCAGUGCUGGG